UCUGAGAACAGUCUACCAACUCUCCUCUGUAAACUUAUUUUGAAUAAAUCUGAUUUUUAAAAUGUUGAAGAGAAAACCUUCUAAUGCUUCAGAUAAGGAGAAAUCUCAAAAGCCAAAGCGAGCAAGCAGCUUUGGAAACUUUGACCAUAGCAGACAUCCAUCGUCAUCAAAACCAGAUGAUUCAUCUGAGAUUUGUGAAGUAGAGGCUGCAGGUGAUGGUAGAGAACCAGGACAAAAUAAAAUCACACAUAAUGGAGGAAGCCUUGGGAAGAAAAUGCGGGCAAUUUCCAUGACCAUGAAAAAAAAGAUGGGGAAAAAGUACAUCAAGGCACUUUCAGAAGAAAUGAAUGAGGAAGGAAAAGAAGAUUCCGGCUCUAAUAAAGACAGUGACCCUGGAGGAGGAUCAAACACUGAGAAAGCAUCUCUGAAAACCAGUGACUCCAUGGACAGUCUGUAUAGUCUUAAUAGUGGUCAGAGCUCAUCAAGUGGAGUAACUAGCUGCUCAGAUGGGACCGGCAACAGGGACAGCCUGAGGCUUGAUGACGAAGUCCCUUAUACAGGACCAUUCUGCGGCAAAGCCAAAGUGCACACAGACUUCACACCAAGUCCUUAUGACACAGACUCUCUCAAAAUAAAGAAAGGAGACAUUAUUGACAUCAUCUGCAAAACUCCUAUGGGCAUGUGGACAGGGCUCUUGAAUAACAAAGUGGGAAACUUCAAAUUUAUUUAUGUGGAUCUUAUUGAACAAGAAGAAGAAUCUGCAUCCAGAAAGAUAAAGCCACGCAAGAGAAGUAAAAGGGCCAAGCCUAAAUCUCUUCAGGAACUCUUGGAACGACUCCAUCUCCAGGACUACAUAUCAACUCUCUUGCUAAAUGGCUAUGAGAAACUGGAAGAUUUAAAAGAUCUAAAAGAGUGCCAUUUGAUUGAGCUAAGGAUUGAAAACCAAGAAGACAGAAUGAGAUUGCUCUCUGCUAUUGAAAGCCUGCCGGACUAUGAAAAUGAACAAGACCAAGACACUGAGCAAGUACCACAGACCUUAAGCCCUGACCUUGGCUUUAACAAGUCACAGUUGAGUGACUGUCCAAGAGACUCUGGCUGUUACACUUCAUCGGAAAAUUCAGAUACCAGCAAAGAUGACCCAGAUACAGAGAACCUCUGUGCCCUGGUGCAUGCAGUCACCAUCACUGAGUCAAACUAAAUGGGCUCACAUUUCUACAGGAAUGAUUCACGCUGAGUUUGCAGCUUUGCAAACACCCUGAACUUAUCUGUUAGCAUGCAAAUAAUAGAAAGUAAAGUUCAUUAUCAAUCAA